UUUCUGCAUUUGAACCCCUCCUGGCCUCCUACACUCUCUUCUCAAUCUCCAAAACAUAGCAAACAUGUCCGCUCCUACCGAAUUCAAGCUCAACACUGGCACCGUCAUCCCCUCCGUCGGUCUCGGAACGUGGCAAGCUCCCCCCGGUCACGUCAAGGAGGCCGUCAAGCACGCCUUGAAGUCUGGUUAUCGACACAUCGAUUGCGCAUUGAUCUACCAAAACGAGGACGAAGUCGGCCAAGGUAUCAAAGAGUCCGGUAUCCCUCGAUCUGAGCUUUUCAUCACUAGCAAGCUAUGGAACACCUACCACGACCGAGCCUCCGAGUCGCUCGAACAAUCGCUCAAGUCCCUCGGCACGGAUUACCUCGAUUUGUACUUGAUUCACUGGCCAGUACGACUUGUCCCUAACGAGACCUCCAACUUGUUGCCUACCAACCCGGAUGGGAGCCGAUCGGUCGACCGAGAGUGGAACCAGCAAGAGACCUGGAAGCAGAUGGAGGCCUUGCACGCAUCAGGCAAAGUCAAGGCGAUCGGUGUAUCAAACUGGUCCAUCCCCUACCUCGAAGACCUUUCCAAGACCUGGAAAGUCGUCCCCGCCAUCAACCAGGUCGAGCUCCACCCUUACAACCCUCAACACGACCUGAAGAAGUACUGCGACGACAAGGGUAUCCUCCUAGAGGCCUACUGCCCCUUGGGUUCGACCGGUGCUCCUCUGCUCAAGGACGAGCAGCUCAUCAAGAUCGCCGAGAAGAACAAGGUCAGCGUGGCUACCAUCUGUAUCAGCUACCAGGUCAACCGAGGCGUCGUCGUCCUUCCUAAAUCGGUCACCCCUGAGCGUAUUGCCGACAACCUCAAGGUGAUCAAGCUCGACGACGAGGACAUGAAGACCUUGGACGGCAUGGCCGCUUCCGGCAAGCAACAGCGAGUCAACACGCCCCUGUUCGGAUGGGACUUGGGCUUCCACGACUGGUACGGAGUUGGCAACAAGAACGCUCCCAGUGCUGAUGCUGUUACCGUCAAGGCAUAGGCUAUGUGUUUUCCUUCGUAAUUGUACAUAGAUCAUGAUCAUGAAUGACAAACGUGACGAUAUCCCAAAAUGAGGCUGCAGAUGUGGGCGACCACCUUCGUGGAUUCUUGGCCGUGUUCUAUUGAG